GAUCAUGUUUAGAAGAGCCAAGACCUCGAGAUCUACGCUGACGAGGUGCUUCAGUGUCUUACUCCUUCUGGUCCUCCAUCGCGCGGCCGCUGAGGAGGUGGCGGGCGAGGUGGCAGGGGGAGGCAAGGAGAAGGAAGAGGAGGUCAGCCAGCCGCCCCCGCCGUGGACUCAUCGUUAUCAUCAGGACGUGGAGGGCGACCUGGCUGUGCGGGAGUACCUUCUGCAGGAGGUCCACCCACGUACCGCCCUCAUGUGCCCCAAGGGUCUCGCCAUUGCUAAGGUUACCAUGGCGCUGCAGGUGGCGAAGGACGUGGCGGAGGCGCACCCCGACGCCCACCUGACCGCGCCCUUCGCUCACUGGCUCGUGCAACCCCAGGACGGCGUACCCAGUGGCGGCGAGGCCCAGGGGGUGAGCCGAUGCCCUACGCUACAGCGCUGCCUCGGCUACCAGGCGUGUCUCUUCUCCUUCGGGAUUGAGUUUUGCCACCUGGAUCCCGUCCCUGGCCAGCGGAAGAACCUGCUGGUGACGGUGACGUGUGUGCGUGACGCUGCGCUGCUUAGACUCAUGAGGGAGGCGCAGUACGACGACGCCACCCUCGCCGAAGUGGAGAGACGCCUGGAGCUUGUCCUGCAUCUCACCUACACCUCGCGUCUGGAGGAGGGCGUCGAGGACCUUAGCUCGACGCAGAUAAGGCAGCGCGAGGAGGCGGAGGGGGAGGUAUUCCGAGCAGCGUGUCCUCGGGUCCUGGACGCGGCCGCAGCAGGCUACCACGGCCAUUGUCGCGCCGAGCCCCCAGACUCCGCGGCCGUCAGCGAGGCCCUCUGGUCCCUCCUCGGAAGGGUCUCGACCCGUCAGUGCCGCGAGGAGGUGCAGCAGAUCUACUGUUCCUUCCUCUACCACGACAAGGGCCUUUGCCUCCCGCCUUUCCUCGUCGCCCCGGGCCAGGUGGCCGAGGCUGACCCUGAGGACCUCCAGCUCACCGACGCGGCCCUCCCGAAGGUGGGUCCCCGCCCGGCCGCCGACGAAGACCCACCACUCUCAAUGCCGGCCCCGCUCCACCCCGCCCGUCUCGCCUUCCUUAUCCUCACCCACAAGGAUCCCCCGGCCGUGAUGCAGCUCCUCUCCCUCGUCUACCGUCCUUACCACCUCUAUGUCCUUCAUGUAGAUCGCCGAGCCACCGACAUGCGCCGCGCCUUCACCGACCUUCUCCUCCACCGCAUGCCCGGGGCCACCAACAUAAGGAUCCUACCGCCGUCGCGCUCCUUCGUGGCCUCCUGGGGGUCCUACAACAUCGUGCGGGCCGAGCUGGAGUCCUUCGAAGAGCUGCUGAGGAUGGGGCGCUGGGACUUCGCCGUCAAGCUGAGCGGCGCCGACCUGCCUCUGAGGGACGUCGACGACCUGGCGGCGACCUUGGCACCCUACCGCGGCAUGAGCUUCGUGCCUCUCUUCGGGCAGCGCAACGAGGACAUGGCAGCGGACCAGGGCCUUGCGUGGGACGUCUGGCACGGGUGUGAAGGUUAUGUCUACAACGUGACGCGGGCGGGAGGUCAGCCGGGCCCAGAGGACAUAAAAAUCUAUACGGGAUCCCAGUGGUCCAUCAUGAGUCGGGACCUCGUGGACUACGCCGUGAGCCCCGCCCGCCGCUCCCGCCCCUCCAACCGUUGGCAGUAUCACCUCCAGACGUCCAUCAUCCCCGACGAGAGCUACUUUCCCACGCUGGCCAUGAAUUCCCCUUACGCGAACGCCACCCGCCACCUUGGGUUCCACUGGCUCAAGAAGUUCGAGGGACUCAACACUCUGAACCUUUGCCGUCACACCGAGGACACGGACUUCUGUGGCCAGGGUCCAGGUCCUAUUGACGAAGACGACCUGCGCCACAUGAUCGAAUCUUCCCACCGCUACUUCUUCGCACGCAAAUUCCCCACGCAAUCCCCCACGCACUCAACUCGCGUCAAGAUGAGUGAGUAUGUACGGACCGGAUACUACGCCGCCCUGAGAGAGCUCCUGCCGCGGCCAAUCCUUCGGCAACUCCUGCAGGCGGCCCACGAGCGUCUGACGGGCCCCUCUUCCCCCUCCUCCUCCUCCUACACCCGCCCUGGGGACCUCCUUUCGCUGCGGGUCCUGCCCCUUCUGCAUCCCACCAACCCCUGCUGCGCGCUGCCCUUCGAGCGGUCCUUCAAGAGCACACAGGAGUUCGUCUUCUGGUUGGACUUUACCCUCGUGGACGCCGAGGGGUUGAGGGCGGGAGCGGCGAGGGCGGCGGUGGGGCAGCUCCCGCCCUUCGACUGUUACCCCGACGGUCACAUGAGGGCGCUGCGGGCAACCACCUGGAGCGAAGACCCCCACGCCUCCCGCAGGUCUCCCCUCUCCACCAACAUGCCGCUGCCCUUCGCCGCCCCCGGAGCCGACGCGGUGCACGUCGAGCUGUGGUUCCACGUUGGGCCGCGCAGCCUGCCCCCCGCGUGCCUGGUGGGGGAGGGACGGCCAGCGCCCCUCCCUCCCGGCACGCCCAUGCUCUUCCCGGGCCUGAACGUGGAGCAGGUGACGGCCGAGGCGCCCCUGGAGGUGGUGGUGCAGUUGGUGGACCCCCGGGGGAGUGUGAGGUGCGAGGAGACAAAGAAGGAGGCGUGGGAGGAGGAUCGAGUGGUCCCCAACGCCGACGGAGAGCGAGUCGAACUGGCGGUCUUCGUGUCCCUCUUCUGCGGCCUCAUGGAACCCGGGUCGUGGCGUGUCCGUGUGUUCCAGAACGGCACAGCGACGCCCCCCCGCCUCUACGAGCUGCCCGUGGUGGUGCUGCCGGCGGCGUGGGGGCCAGGCGAGCCGGGGCCAGACCUGACGAAGACCCUGUGGCACGUGGAGGAGGUGGCUAUGCUGCCUCUGUCCCCCGGAGAACAAUCACCAUCUGACACUCUUCUUCCGCUCAUGAGGGAGAAGAGAGAAGGACACGAAGAGGAAGAAGAAGAAGAGGAGAAGGAAGAGGAAGACGACGACGAGAAAGAGGAGGAGGAGGAGGAAGAAAACGAGCAGAACCAGACGCAGAGGAAAGAAAAAGAAGAAGAAGAAGAGGAAAGAGGAAGAGGAGGAAGAGUUAUAGAUCCAGACAGCUACAAAAGAGAAAGCGUGGGGGAGUGGGUGGUGUGCGGCGGCGGGCUGCUGACGGCGACGCUGGCGGUGGUGUUCGCGUAUCACUGGGUGGUGGUGCCCGCGAUGCUCUCCGUCCGCGCCUCGCCCAGGAUGCAACGCUCCGCCCUCCUCGUCCUCGCCGUCGUGUUGCUGCAAAUCGUCCUGUCUUCGUCGUCCUUCUGUAGAUGAUGAUGAUGAUGAUGAUGAUGAGGAGGAGGAGGAGGAGGAGAUAAAUGAGGAAAUAUGAAGAGGAAGCGAAGGAAAAGGUUAAAGAGGAGGUGGAGGAGGAGGAAGAAUAGGAGAAGUUAAUUGAGGAAGUAUGAGAAGGAGGCGAAGGAAAAGGAGGAGGAGGUGGAGGAAGAGUAGGAGGGGAACAAGGAGGAGGAAAAAGGAAGAGCAGGAGGUGAAAUAAGAGGAGGAGGAGGAGGAGGAGGAAAAGCAGGAGGAGGAGGUGAAGGAAAGUAUGAGGAAGAGAAGGAAAAGAAGUGUAAAAGGAAAAGAAAGAAGAACGAAAGUAUAGGAGGAGGAGGAGGAGGAGAAGGAGAUGGAGGAGGAAGAGAAGAAAAGGAGGAAGAGGAGAAAGAGAAGGAAAAGAAACAAAGAAGUAAGGAAAGAAGGACGAGAGAUAGAGAAAGGGAUGCAAGAGAGAGAGAGAGAGAGAGAGAGAGAGGGUGUGUGCGCGGGUAACAUACAUCCUCAGGGCAUAGCGAGCCACGUUAGAUUUUAGCAGUUAUCGUACAGCACUCAGCCUUAACUUCGCUCCUUACUCCUCUUUUAUUUUAACCCUUUCCUUCCUCACUAGUUCUUCAAGAUGUUUCUAUUACACUUCUAAGUUUGUAGUAAUGUUGUAUUGGGAGGCUGGUGUCUGUAGUUUGUCUUUGUGUGUUAAGCAAGGGAUGCAUAGAGAUGAACAAGAUGGGAACUGGAUAUUUUAAAAUUCACCCGUUUGUAUUCUUUGUUUUAGAUGUUUAUAUAGUUCUAAGUUUGUAGUAUUGUUUGUAUUAAGAGGCUGUAGGUGUAUGGAGUGAGUCAAUCUGUUUUUAAUAAAGGAUGCUUUGAGAUGAACAAGAUGGGAACUGGAUAUUUUAACUUUCUCGCUUCUGUAAUGGUUGUUUUAGAUGUGUAUAUAGUUCUAAGUCUUGUUUGUAUUGAGAGGCUGUAGGUGUAUGUAGUGAGUCAUUGUGUGUUUAAAAGGGAUGCGUCGAGAUGGAAAUUAUGGGAACUGUAUACUAUUUUAAUGUUAUUUUCCUCUUUUCUUCUUUUCUUCUAGUGGUCUGAGCUCUGUGUAACUAGUCAUUCUGUGUUUUAACCCGGUAGCAGCAACGGGCCAAAUUUGUGGCUUUACCGUGUAGCAGCGACGGGGCAAAUUUGUGGCUUUACCGUGUACCAGCGACGGGCCAAAUUUGUGGCUUUACCGUGUAGCAGCGACGGGCCAAAUUUGUGGCUUUACCGUGUACCAGCGACGGGCCAAAUUUGUGGCUUUACCGUGUAGCAGCGACGGGCCAAAUUUGUGGCUUUACCGUGUAGUACCAGCGACGGGCCAAAUUUGUGGCUUUACCGUUUAGCAGCGACGGGCCAAAUUUGUGGCUUUACCGUGUAGCCUACCAGCGACGGGCCACAUUUUUGUCAUGAUAUAAACCCCCCAAAAUAGAUGAUGCAUAAACUGAUGACAAAUGGAUUGAUAUAUAUUAUGAAAUGGUUUGCGUGAGUGAUAUUUUUUUCUCAUUUUUCUCGCUUAGAGGGACCCUUAAGUAACAUGAUCCCCUCAGCUACCAGGUUAUGGACGGAAGGGUUAGGUAGUGAUAAAGAUAUUAGUAGUUUGUUAUGUGUUAUUCUUCUUUAGACUAUAUAAUUUAAGCCGGCCAUACACUAUCUCAUGACUUUUUUUUUUUUUUUUACAACAAAGGAGACAGCUCAAGGGCACAAAAAAAGGAAACAAUAAUAAAAAAAGCCCGCUACUCGCUGCUCCUAAAAAGAAUCCAAAGAGGUACUGGUAUAGUGUCUGGGCGGUUUUUCAUCCUUGUUUCAUUAUCAUAAGAUCGUUUUUUUUGCACUGGGGUAUGUUAUUAAGCCACGCGCUGGUGUCAUGUAGGAGUUGAAGCGCUAAGAGACGAGGAGAACCGAAAAUACCCCAAAAUCCUUGUUAUUUCUUGCACGUAAUUAUUUUGUAAGACAUUAUUCUGUUCCGUUGAAAGGUCAGAAUCUUAUAAAUACCCCAAAAUGCCGGCUAUUUCUUGCACGUAACUAUCUUGUAAGACGUUAUAUCCUGUUUCGUUGAGAGGUCAGAAUCUUAUAAAUACCCCAAAAUGCCGGCUAUUUCUUGCACGUAACUAUCUUGUAAGACGUUAUAUCCUGUUCCGUUGAGAGGUCGGAAUCUUAUUAAUACCCCAAAAUGCCGGCUAUUUCUUGCACGUAACUAUCUUGUAAGACGUUAUAUCCUGUUCCGUUGAGAGGUCGGAAUCUUAUUAAUACCCCAAAAUGCCGGCUAUUUCUUGCACGUAACUAUUUCGUAAGACGUUAUAUCCUGUUCCGUUGAGAGGUCGGAAUCUUAUCAAUACCCCAAAAUGCCGGUUAUUUCUUGCACGUAACUAUCUUGUAAGACAUCCUGUUCCGUCGAGAGGUCGGAAUGUUAUUAUAUCGAUGUAUAGAUUAAUUCAAUGAUGCUCUCCACUUGUGAUGCUGCAAAUAACAUGACCAGACAAUGAGUAUUUUUGUAAGACGUUAUAUCCUGUUCCGUUAAUUGAGAGGUCGGAAUGUUAUUAUAUCGAUGUAUAGAUUAAUUCUUCCCUGAUGCUCUCCACCUGUGAUGCUGUAAAAUUAAUAACACCAACAAACAACGAGUACUCUGCUUGUAUUCUUUAUAUGGAGAAAAGCCUGCUGCAGCCUCCCAUACCCUAACUAAAAGGAAGAUAAGGUGAGAAAAUACGUAGCGAUGUUGUGGUGAGGCGAGACGAGUUUUUUUCUUUUUCACGCCAAGUUUUCCUGUCCACCUGUGAUGCUGCAAAUAACAUGAACAAAACAAAAUCA